CUAGCACCUCGCUACCAGAGAAAUAAAAGAAUACACUACUGCAUUCUAGCGUCCUUUGACCCCCAAAUCUCAUCAAUCAUCCUUCCCACACCAUGGACCAAGAUCCUCCCAACGGGCAGCCCGCAACGCAAGCCACACUCCCGUCCGACCUCAUAACGCUCAACGUCUCCGGCCGGCGCAUCCUCACCGCGAAAUCUACGCUCAAGACCUCGCCCUACUUCCAGAACCUUAUAACGCGAUGGGAGCAGGGCAUGGAAACGCUGCCUGACGGCUCCGUCUUCAUCGACGCUGACCCGGACGUUUUCACUAUCGUCUUGAACUACAUGCGACGACCGAGCACAUACCCAUUGCUAUGGACAUGCGAGAAGGGGUUCGAUUACGUGCUGUAUAACAAGGUGAUGGCGGAAGCGGACUUCUACAUGCUAGAGGAACUGCGGGACUGGGUUGCCAGUAAGGAGUACGAGAACGCCGUGAAGAUAAGGCAUAAGAUUGAGGUCAACCCAGCCACGACAGAAGCUUGGAUGGAUAAAUAUUGGGAGAAAGUUGACCUCGAGGAGAUAAAAGAGCUAGUCCAUUGUUAUCCAGUUGAGGUUGAGGGUUGGAGUAUGUCGCCGAAAAUAAUCCCGAGGAGCAUUGUAUGUGUCUGGAAGUACACUAAAAUGGAUAUGAGUGUGUGCUACAAGCACUGAGUGCAGAAAAAGCAACGCCGUGCAUUAGAAGGGACGCCCGGAAAGACGACAUAUGGGCGACGAAGGAGAGGGAAAGGGGGAGAGAUAAAUUAACUUAAGUAGAAAGCUUGAGUAUAUACUAG